CACAUCCAGCUGUCCUUUUUGUCUGUCCACUGGCCUCUUGGCUGGAGGAUUUUGACCAUUGUGUCUCAGGCAGAGCUGGUGCAUUGUAUUGAGUUGGCCAUAAUGUGAGACACCCAUGAUCAAAAACAAAGUGCAACAAUCGCCUGUCUAAAUGUCUGUUGGGUCUUUUGGUUGUGGUUGGAAAUGUGUUUUUAUAAUGUGCAGUAUUAAGUUGUUUUCUAGGGUCUUUAUUGCAUUAUGGCACAGGUUGUGCAUGUACUGCUACGUUUGUUUCCAUUGAGGUAUCUAUUUAUGGAAGAGUGAUCUCAAACCACGAUCCAAGUUUCUGAAAGUAUGUGUGCCGAGUAAAUAUAAUCAGCCUUUUAUUGGUUUCUCCUUUUCAUUUUUUUGUGACAUUCUGUAAAGAUGAACAGCGGGAGAGAACCAAACAUUAUGCACUAUGAUCCUGGUGUUCAGGGAUGCUACAGGGGUUUGGUUUGACCUGGUCUAUAGGGUGGAGGGGUACAGUAGUUAGCUAGAGCAGGAUUGUGUUCUUGACGCGUGUCAUGUUUACAUAUCAUUCCAGUUGUACAUUUGCACUGUGUUUGUGCAUAUAUUAGUCCCAUAGCGAAGUCGUACGUUCACAACAGAAUACAGCAUUCCUUUUCUCAAUAUGAAGUUUCUAGUCAGGCUUUUCUUUCACGUGUUGUUGGACAACUGAGACUACAUCAUUUAUGAAUAGCAGACACAAAGACUUGAGUGUGUGUGUGGUGUGUGUGUGUGUGUGUGUGUGUAUAGCUUUUCAGGAAAUGCAGGAUAGUUAUGGUUGAGUCCAGCACUGAUUUGAGGAGUAUAGUGAUGAAUUGUAGAAAGCCACUAUGUAAAAUGAUUUUACUGUCCUUAGGCAGUCCUUUACUGGCCAUAUCUCAGAAUGCAUUCAAAUAUUGUACCCCAUGUAAAAAUGACCCCAUGUAUGCAUUGUGCCUCAUAGAGGCAGUGUCUUAUAGAGGCAGAUUCAGAAGUCUAGGUCUAGUCCUACCCAGAUGACAGGGAUGUUGGAGGUGUGAGAGACUAACAUGGUUCUUGAUUGAACUCAUGCAUGCACCCGUAAUUGUAUUCUCAUUUUUUGUAUGUAGAUCCCCAAGUGGAGUAUGCCCAUACAACUGCAGCCCUUUAUUUGUGAUUCGGAACUAAUAUCAUUGCGUGACGUUAGUGCAUCUUCCCCACCCUCCAUCCAUUUAACAUUAGCGAUUCUAAAGUUUCUCUAAUUAUUGACAUCGUAAAUGCGCAUCUGUUCCGUUAGCCAAACAUGGAAAAGUUCCUAAAGGAUGAUGUUUAUUCAGAAAGACUAGCCUUACAGAGAAGCACCAUCUGAGCAGAAACACUAACUUCUGUGUGAUCAGGGAGAACACAGUGUCUGUUCAGUCUUUCGGAAAGGACAGUAUGGCUGUGUGUGUGCACGUACGUAUGUCUGAAUGUCUAUCUGAAUGAGAGGAUGUGCUUGUGUGCGUUUCUAUUAUUUAACUGUAUAUGUUCGACUUUACAAACUGCCUGAAAGUGCUCGUCUGCCAAUAUUUGUGAUACAUGUAAGUUGAUGGAAUGAUGUCUGUUCAGAUUCAAUAGACUCAUUAAACCCUAACAACAACAGUCUGGUCUCUGUGAGAUUACUUUGCAGGAUGUCCUCAAUAAUUGAUAAGAUCUGAGCGAUCAUAAGAUCUGCAGAGUCGUCCAAUGCGUCCCCAUUCAGUCCUCCAGAUGGCAGCUAUGACUCACAGCAGUCUGGUAUCUGUCGUCAUUUCCCUCUGUUCCUACUAAGCAGGUGAGCUGAAAUCACUGUUGAUAUGUAGGAUUAUUCUGAGGUAAGAUGGUAUCCUAUGCAGCAUCUUGAAAAGGACAAUGACAAAGUGGCCUGCAUGUUGCAGAGACAGAUUGACUUGCACUCACACUCCUGGCCCUGUCUGCAACCCCAUUCUCCCUGCCUAGUAAGUGCAACAACACCCGUUGUAAUUGAGAAAGCCAGCAGGAAUUUACAUUUCAUUCUUAUCUAAAAUAUUUCCAUUUAGCAAUGAUGGAUUGGCUAUUGUCUCUUGUGUGAAUGUUUGUGUGUGUAUAUGCGUACGCACACGCUGAGCAAAGACUUACUGUAUAUUAGUUUUGAAAGUUUGAGCUGGAUGAUGAAGUGAUUGAUUAAAAAGAAUACAGGAGUGUAUGUAAUAAGACUAUAACAUUAUCAAACCACUCAUUCAUGACAGAAAUAUGAUGAAGGAGAUUGCAAUACUGUAGGUCUAUACCCAGUGUAGUGCAUCGGUACACGGAACAAUGGGUGUAAACAGUGGAGAAUAUGUAAAAUCAUCACUGUAUCGUAAUGAACCAAAGUGAUGUGACCACAAGCAGCCCUAUCUAACCAUAUUAUCCAAUCAUAGCAGUCUACUGAAAUAACUAUACAUUUCAUGUUGAAUAAUGAUAGCUCUGAGAGCGUUCCCUUUAACAAAAUGUAUUAGAUGUGAAUGCAGGAGGAAAUUGGGGGAACAAAAAAAGAACACAUGCUUGAUGGGCUCAGACUCCUGGGGUUGAAAUGAUAUGGCCUACACCUUGUCUUCAACUGUAUCCAGUUACUCUGAUCAACCUUCUGAACUACCCCCCCUCUCACUUUCCUCCUCGCAGAGCCCCGGCCAGACUAUACCAACCAAUUCCUCUCGAAGCCAAGGGGGACUCUGCUGCAGUCUGUUGGCAAAACCUUCCCGUUAGACACGUGUUUCAUGCCAAAUAGAGCUUGAAUCAGAGUCAGCCCUCUUUUUGUAUUACCUGUUAGGCUGUGAUGAGAUGUAUCCCGUCACAUGUAGUGUCCUUGAUGCCCAGGGCUGUGCUCCCCUUCCCUCGGUGUGCCAGUCAGGAGAGAAGCCUGAACAAAGCCAUGAGAGAAGAGCUGCUGGGAGAGUGAAAGAACUGAUACUCUCACUGACUGUCGCCUGGACAACCAGGCACAGGAGGGAGGGAAGAGUGAGAGAAAGGGAGAAAACAACAAAACAUAAUUGUCAUGGUGGCCAAGACUCAUUGAGCAACAUAAAGAUCUCAUAAGUCUUGUAUCAGAGAGGCUGCACAACGGUGCAGGCGCUCUCCCUCGUGGAGCUAGAACACUGAACAUUAAACAGAGAUCAACAGAGCGAAUCAAGUGAACAUCUGGAGAACAAGUUUGAAAUGAAAUUGUUCAGCACAGGUUUGCAUCCUCAGAGGACUCCAUAGGGCUGCACAUUCUGUCAGUUCAUACCUCUACUCAUCAAGCUCAGGUAAGAUUCUCCGGCUUUGCUGUACACUGCAGUAAAUGGAGCUCUCAGGUGGAUUGAAAAGUUUCAGAGACCUUGGCUUGCUGUAAUGGGAUGGUUUUAUUUUUUUAUCUGUCGUCAAACUUCGCAUGGCUCUGUAAAUCUCCAGGCAAUCACUCUUCUUCUGCAAUCACCCACCAUCUCCCCCAGGUGCAGCAGCAGUAGUGAGAUUUCAGAUUUGGGUUUAUGGUACUUGCAUGUGUUGAGGGAGUCAUCCGUGUUUGCAAAUAUCAAACAAAUUACUAUCAUUACAGUAGGUACAAAUGGAGCAUGAGUGUGAGGUCUUUACACUUGAACUAUGCUGAACCUUUAUAUCCUAGGGAUCUGUGAAGAAUAGAGGCAUCACCCUCAGUGAUUCCCCUUUAGUUAUAUACUCAGUGCUCAUACAUAAGCAAUGUCUGUCUUCUGGCAUGCUGGGCUGAGAUUAAUGUCCCUUUUUAAAUGAUGUUGCAUUGUCUGUGAAUUUAAACCAUGCUGAAUCUGUGGGGCAGGAGAAACUGAAAUCCAUAUUGGAUGAUAUUGGAUUCAUCCUUUCCCAAAUGGGGAAGGGGAGGAAGGAGAGCAGACUGGAGCAUAACCUUUCUUACUGACAGCUAAAAAUAGUAUGUAUGUAUCCUCCUUACCCCCACCUUUCUAGACACUUGUGCAAACACACAGGCAUACACACACACAUCGGCACAUCCCCAGAAAGCAAGAAAUAAAAGCCUUAUGUGCCUGUUAGUAAGGGUGUGUUGGAUGGCAUGCUGGGAGUGUUUAGAGUGCCACAUCAGAUCCACAGGAGACUAACACUCAGCAUAGACAGUACAGUACCAAGAAAACCACACACUGCCACACAACAGCAGUAGUCACCAGCUGACAUUCAACCCUGGGCAUUGGUGCUUCACAUUCCAAAGUCAACCCAAAAAGCUAGCAUUUGGUCUGGACGGUUAUAUCUUCUGUUCUCUAGAAGGUUAUUCACAUAAGGAUAUUAAUUCACCUUUCACUGCAUUUUUUAAAAUAGUUGUAUCAGGGUAAUUGAUAUGUCACAGCAUUGUAAAUGUACAAAAUGAUCAACCUCAUCCAAUGAAUUUGUCUUUGCUGUGGAAGAUCUGUAGUUGAAAAUAACCUAUAUAUUUAGCUGGGCAGUGUCUCUACAAUAUGGGUCUAAAAAUAAAUGACAGACUAGAAUGACAAAGUUCCAGAAUCAUGCUGAUUUGAAACUUUUGAGAAUGCUUUUGUUAUUUAAUUUUUAUUCCCCCACCCGCACAGCCUAAAUUGACUUCCUCUGCUCUCAAGCAUUAAAGAAAAAUUAAAAAGUUGAAUGAUUCUGGCAGCUUGUAAACACAUUUCUCAUUCUCGCUUCAGCCCUUGGAGUGUUACCCUGCAGUUGAGGCUUCUCUCAUAAAGAUAUUGUAUGGCUAGAAAAGCGGCGCGGCUGAAUUCAUCAACUGGGGAAAAGGAUGUGUCAGAGACCGAUUACUCCAGGAGGCAUCGCAGUAAUCUGCCUGGUGGUGGAGGGAGCCAGGGAUGCUCUACUGUACAUCUAUGUUAUGUUAUGUCUGUGUAACGGUGUUCUCAGCAAACGACCAUUAACAUGAAAUACACAGCUCUGCUUUAAUAGCACAGAGUCUGCAUAACUGAAGAGUAGUGUGAGGGGCCAGCAUGGUGUUUCACCACAACUGAUCAGUAAUUCCAGGCAUGUGGAAACAAACAAGGCAGGUAUGGAAAUGUACAGAGCUAGCUGAUUUUAAACUGCCUUGAAUAUUAAACUGCACUAAGCUGCCUUUCACACAGGACAUCAUCAUUUGUUGGUGUUGUAAGGUGUUCCAUUUCCCCUCUUUUUCUCCCUCUCCUUUCCCCUCUUUUUCUCCCUCUCCCCUCUCAACGGACUGAUCCUGUGUCUAAUGAAUUUGUCCUCUGCAGACCCAGAUGUUCUCCCAGUGCAGACAGAUGUUGAACUGCUCUGUUCUCUCAGUGAGGGUGUCCAUCUCUGCCCUGAACAAUGGCAUGGCACUGGGUGGACUCAUUGUCAUGGUGAUCUCCUUGAAUAGACUGUAUUCGUGACUAUGUGCAGGUGCAGCUGCAAAUGUGUACAGAUACCUAGCUACUACGGCUGAUAACAAAUCAUAAUGCCUAUUUUCGUUCUUGAUCAAUGGCCAUAGGUUUACCAACCAAAUGAACAAUCGAUUCAAAUACACUUAUCUUAUCGGAAACGUAAAUAUUCAAGACCCAGACUGAAGAGCGAUAUGGAAAUUAUGCACCCACUCUUUUGGCCUCCCGCCGCACCUAGAUGACCCUGGAGCUCUAUUCUAAAGAUGGUAGAUGACUUACCAAUUUGUCGUUAGCACGAUUAUUGCCACUUGAAUACCAAGUUACAGCAGUAUCCUGUGUUUGCAGUGGAAUGAAAAGAGGAAGGAACAAUAGCUUAACACUAUCAGAAGCUGUCUAUCACCAGGGAUAAAACCCCUCAUACUCUCUCUAACAUUCCACACGUCUCUCCACUCUCCGUAAUUAGACAAGUGAGAGUAUUUAAUUUGCUGAAGAUCAGCCAAACCCAAGUCGACUGCUGAUAUGGACAAAGACGCCACUGAGCACUCUAGGGGAAAUAUUGUUUUUUACACACACUGAAGGAAUGAGUGAGAGGCAUGAAAUUACAGCCAAUACUCUCUAAGCCCCCAGCCUUAGUGUUCAGCAUAUUAAACUGGCAGACCGGUACACUGCUUUGGGCCCUUGAGACAAGGUCCAUCUUCUUCCUAAAUUCUCCCCUUGACGUUCCUGUCAGCUGAAUAAGAACCCUGUGUGUCUUGGCUAUUGAGGGACAGAUUUAAUGGCUGUGCUCUUGCUGGCUGUGUACUGCAGAAUACCCUGCACCACUAUUAUGACUGCUCUGUAAAUUACCUAUAGUUUGUCUGUUUUUCUGCCCAAGGACAGGAGAGGAUUUGCAUUCGGAGAGUGUAAUGAAGUACUGUGAGUGUUUGUGACAGGUGCUCCAGCCAUGGACUUGGAAGACGAGCAAUUGUUAUUCCAGAGCAGCUGGGAUGCUGAGAAAGAAGAGGAGGAGGAGGAGGAGGAGGGUGGGGAGUCAGAUACCCAGAUUAAUGGGAGGACCAGCACCACUGGAGGCAAUGGUGUGGGGAGCGGUGGGCUGGGUCUACACACAGCCCUGGGUGAGUGGUGUUGUCCUGGGAGUUCGAGUUUUUCUCCUCUGUGCCCUCUCUGCCUACAUGUUCCUAUACUGCCCCCCAUUGGACAUAGACCUUUCCUACAGUGCCUUUGAGGUUCACAGCCACUGCUCCGCUGAGCGGUUUGAUGCACUCACCAUUGCCAUAAAGACUCAGUUGGGGUCCUGGGACAGACGCAGGCGUGACGUGGACCCCUAUGACUCCACCGCUCUACAGGAGCUGCUGUUGGACAUGCUGGGUAGGCAGGAACAUCCAACAGAAAAUCACAUGGAGGGCUGAACUCGGAAUCUCUGAAAAAAAACUUGUUCAAAAGAGUAGUUAUGGAACAGAGAGGAGAUGCCCUGAGUCAGCAAGAGACUGAGAGGCAUGGAGAGGCUAGGGGUGGUAAAGUAGAGGUAAGAGAGGAGGAUAAGAAUACAACAAAUUUAGGAAAAUCUGAGAGUCGUGAGUCCAUAGAAGGAGAGGGCGACAGGGACAGUGAGAGAUCUCAGACUAGGAUGCGCAGGUUUGCUCCCAACUACUCAUACCUGCAGAGCCAGGCCCUGUGGAGGAUGGAGUUGGUGUUUGUAGCUCAGGGUGGGGGGGACAACAAUAUCUUCACCCCAGAGCGUCUCCGCACCAUCCACCACAUAGAGCGCCUGCUCAUGCAGCAUCCCCAGUUCCAACAGUUCUGUUGGAAGCCUCUGGAGGUCCUGAGAGACCUGCCCCUGGGCCCCUCCUACUGCUCCCCUCCAAGCUCCCUCCUCUCCUACCUCUUCCCCAGUGAACGGGGAGGCAGGCUCUACACCGAUGGCAUGGGACCCAACCUGGCUGACAUCCAUGGUGCUCUUGAGUCUAGCGAUCACCCACCCACAGUUCUACUGGUAUGUGGAUGAGAGUCUGGCCCCUGACCGGCUCUCCUCCUCUCUCCUGCACAUUGAGAUCCAAUUUGGAGCUCCGCUGCUCUCUUACUGCUCCCUCUAGGACCGGCCUGAGGAGCAGAGAAGCCGCUUCAGGAACUUUGUGGUUCAGUACGCUGACAUCCUGGCUCAGCAGUCCACCAGCCAGGUGAAGGUGUUGUAUGGGGGCACAGAGCUGUUUGAUAACGAGGUGAGACAGACCUUCUACAGAGACAUGUUGCUGGCGCUGAUCAGUGGAGGCUGCAUCACUCUGCUGGUCUAUUUCCUCACCUCCUUCUCAAGUCUGUUCAUGGAGAAACCUCAUCUUCUGCACAGCCCUACCCAUACUACCCCCUCCGUGGCUUGGUUUCACGCCCAGCAACACACCAAGCACUUCCUCCAUCACAACAGUAUUAAUCUACUGCGUAUACUACUACUGUAUCUUUUCAUGACAGGGCCUCUGCUGACCGUUUAUGUCUCUAAGCUGGGUGUAGGCACUUCUAUCACUCUGUACCGCUUCGCUCUGAAUACUCGCAUGCCCUCGCCUUGGAAAAGCCUCAGUCCUAGGAAUGGAGAAGUUCCAUCUUUUCAGGCUUACAUUGAACCUCACAGCAACUUCAGCACCCACAUGACUGUGUGUGUGUCCCACCCCAGCCCUCGCUGGAUGAUCACUUCCCAGUCAUGUGACCCACGCCACGGCUGGAGGUCAGAGUUCAGCUUCUAUGUGGCAUCGGCUGAGCAGCAGCACAGCAGGAGGCUGUAUUUUGCCCAGCACAACCUUAGUCCUCAUCCAAGCCGAGUGUGUGCAGAACCAUCUGGUUGUGUAAUCAGCUCCGGGCCUGACGGACCCACACGGGGCUACUUCUACACACUGCUCCCCACAGAUUCCACCUCAACGAAAAGGUCCAGGACCUCCGGUUUUAACCCCUGUAGUGUUGGUGGCUGUGGCCAGCCAGCAGUCCGUUCUCUGGUUGACACUGGUGCCAUGGUGUUUGGAAUACUGGGAGUCAACCGCAGCCAACGCACAGACAACCACGUCAUUGGGGACAUGGGCAGUGUGAUAUUGGAUCCAAACUUUGAUAUCUUCCAAGAGAUUGGUCAUCUCUGCCAAAUCUGUAAAGUCAUCAGUGCUAAUAAACAGCUUGUGAAGCCGGGACGAGCCCAAUGUCUACCCUCCGGCAACAAGCUUUCUUCUAUCCUGCCCUUACUCCACCCAGACUGCCACUCACUCCCUGAGCCCAACCUGUUGCCAGGCCAGCUGUCCCAUGGGGCCGUGGGGACACACGGUGGCAGAGUGCGCUGGCUCUCCAUGGCCUUUGAGUCUACCACCUACAAGGGGAAAUCCUCUUUCCAGACUCGCUCAGACUUCCUCCAAUGGGAGACCUUCCUACAAGAGCAGCUCUCAGCUCUCCCAGAGUCCUCUGCUCUACGGAGAGGUUUCCAGACCUGUGUGGAGAGCGCCCUCUGCAGUCUGCUUCUGUCCCUGGCCAUAUGUGUGGCAGCUGUGUCUGUUUUCACUACCCAUACGCUUCUGCUGCUGCCAAUACUGCUCACCAUUAUGGGGGUCAUCUGUCUGGUGGUGGCCAUCAUGAACUGGCUGGGCUGGGAGUUGGGGGCCAUCUCUCUGUCCAUCCUAGUGGGCUCCUCAGUGGAGGGCUACCUGCUGGCUGGAGAGACCUUACCAGCCACACCAGAACACACCAUGGAUCUGUCAGCUAAAAGGCAGAGACGGACCCUAGACGCAGUGAACCACGUAGGAGUUGCCAUAGUGUCCAGUGCUGUACCCACAGUCAUUUCAACCAUCCUUCUCUUCUUCUGUGUCAUUGUGCCUUUUGCUAAAUUUGGUCAGAUCGUGGCCAUAAACACAGUAGUGUCCAUUUUGUUCACCCUGACUGUGACAGCAGCCAUGUUAGCCACCAUGGGCCCUGCCAACUUCCACAGGCCUCCCGGUGCCGUGCUGAAGGCCAGCCUGGCAGUACUGGGCACCACAGCCUUUGGCGUUGCCCUGUGCUGGGCAACUAGGACCAGUCCCUGGCACACAGUAGUCACCAUGUGACCACAAAAACUCAACCACUACUGUUACCUCUGUAAGCAGAACUAAGAGGCUUGGUCUAAACCUCAGUUUAGUAUUGUUCUAUACAUGCAGCUGGAAGGUUUCAGAUAAGUAAAAGCAUCUUGUUGAAGUAGACCAUUGUUGAUGUGGAUAAAGUUGAAUAAUUUUUUUACCAGAAGAACAGAAUGUGGUCUCUUGAGAAUAAAUAGUCUGCAGAAUAGGCUUUGGUUUCUGUGGAUGCAGCCAACUGCCCACAGAAGGAGAUUACACAGUGUUGAUUAAAUACUGGUUGGGUCCACGUUGUUCUAUUGUCCAUGUUACUCUGUUCCUGAGAAUAUUUUUUUUCUUCUGAAAAUUACUGGCUUCUCUGACCUGCUGUUAGCAAUAACCUCAUCUCUGGAGAUUUGAAACCACACUUUGAGGUCCAAGAAGACAGGCGUUGAAUCAUUAAAACAAUAUGAAUCAUU